AGCAGGCAAGAGAGGUUGUGCUUCCGCGUUUCUGUGAUUUCCGCCAAGUGUUAUCUCUGCUGGAGUGGUACUCCUGCAGAAGCCAGCCGGGAAAAGUGCGUCGAAAUCAACGACUUUUUGGAGAAUCUGCUAAUGCUAUCUCAUGUGGAAAUGUGAAGGGGAGUGCUGAAUACUUGGGGUGUUGAUUAGACAGGGAGUAACUCUGUGCUCGCGAGUGAUUUGCGGGGGUGGUUUAGUGCUUAGGGAAGAUAGGGAAAAUGUCAAGGGAGCUUUGAAGUCAAAGGGGGUGAGUUUUUUUUUUAUCGCUUCGGCAACAUUUCCGUCUGAAGUGUCUGGUUGAGCAAAUAGAAAAAAGAAAAAUCCAUCAGAAUCUCUCAAUUGAUCUGGAAGGGCUAAAAAGGGGAAGAACUCUGUCACCGCAUGUUAAUGACUUCGGGACAAUGGGAUGUACGGGCUUUGGAGGCGCUGGAACGAGAGGCAUCGGAUCUUUUUGAUGUUCUCGACGUUCCUGAACGCCUCAGAUCGCCUCCAGCCAAAACCACUGUAAUGGACCUUGAACUUCAGGAUCACAUCAAGCACUGCUCCUGCUCCUGUAAUCACAUGGGUUAUGGGAACUUCAUGGACUACCAGUUUCCUCUUCCUUCUCAGCAAACUUCCUGCUUUGGCGGUCUUCCUGAUGUCACCGAACACACACACACCAGCAAUAGGACAUCCACCCACAAGGAACUAACCUCCAGUACUGAAUCUCUGGCCAUCAAUAAUUCCACCCCAGGAGAGAGGCAUUCAAUGAAGAGCCUAACUCCGCCAUCCACACAGUCAUCCACCAAGGAAAGAGGAACUGUGGCAGCUGAAAGUGAACGCAGGUGGUGCUUCUUCGUGGUCACAUUCUUCGUCGCACUGACGGUCUGUGUGGUGAUCCUGAGUCUCCUGGUGGAAGUAUUCUUGGGCCAGAGGAACGACAGGUCAUCGCAAGCUCAUCGAAUUGACAUCGUUCGGAGACUUCUUGAAGAGACUCCGCUUAUUGAUGGCCACAAUGAUUUACCGUGGAAUAUUAAGCGGUACUCCCACAAUAGAUUGGAGUACUUGAACUUCACCGAAGGUGUGAGGAGCACUGAGCCAUGGAGCAACUCCCAGUGGUCCCAUACGGAUAUCCCACGCCUCAGACAGGGUCUCAUUGGAGCACAAUUCUGGUCUGCCUAUGUGCCGUGUGAGGCCCAGGGUCUAGAUGCUGUGCAACUGGCUCUGGAGCAGAUUGAUGUGAUCCAGAGAUUCACAGAACUAUAUGAAAAACAUACAGCCCUGGCACAGUCCUCCCAGGACAUUAUCACAAUGCACAAGAAGGGACUCUUUGCAUCGUUGAUUGGAGUUGAGGGAGGGCAUGCCCUGGGGUCAUCUCUGGGUGUUCUAAGGUCACUUUAUGCUCUGGGAGUGAGGUACUUGACCUUAACCCAUACCUGCGACAAUAGUUGGGCAGGAGCUGCACCAUCUAAUGAUCGUGGACUGACCUCAUUUGGCCGAGCCGUGGUCAAAGAGAUGAAUCGCAUUGGGGUGAUCAUUGAUCUGUCCCAUGCUUCAGAUGCUACAGCCAGGGAUGUCCUUGAAUCAACAAGGGCUCCUGUCAUGUUUUCCCAUUCAGCAGCAAGAUCUCUCUGCAAUGCCACAGGGAAUAUUGGAGACGAUAUCCUACGACUUGUGGCUGACAAUGGAGGAAUUGUAAUGGUGAGCUUCUAUGCUCUUCACGUGGCUUGCUCUCGCGAAGCCACUGUUCAGGACGUCAUUCAGCACAUCCGACAUAUUCGGGCAGUGGCUGGAAUUCAACAUGUGGGAAUUGGAGCAGGAUUUGAUGGCAUAGAUGCUACGCCGAUGGGUCUAGAGGACGUCUCCAAGUACCCAGAGCUCUUUGCCAGCCUUCUAGAGGAUUCCGGAUGGACAGAGAAUGAUAUUGGACUGCUGGCUGGCAGAAAUUUCCUACGUGUUUUCAAGUCAGUCGAAAAUGUUCGGGAUUACUGGAAGAGUGCCAAUAUUCUGCCUAAUGAAAAUGUCGAACCACCAAAGAAAUCCCCAUGUGCAUAUAUGCCACUUUAGCGAAUAUCCCAGAUAAAGAAAGUCACUGUGUGAAUCAAAAUAACAAAAUGCAAAUUCUCUACGAGAAUGGCAUAGCAAAAAAUAUAUAAAUAUCAAAAAAAUGUGUUUAGUGAAUAAGGUUAAUGGCUCUAUUUUAAGCUAGGAAUGGGCUUGGAUAACGCUCACAGAAUUAUCGUAAACUAGGUUUAUAAUUUUUUAUCCAAGGAUUUGCAGUAAAAGCUCGUUACUAUAAAAGCUCAAAAAUAUUAUUUCUAUCCCAAGUUCUAUCCUUAAUACGAGAUAUUUUGAUUUUUUUUAAAUUUUUAUCCAAUAUUAGGAACGCUCUUAUCUUUAUCCAAGUUUCUAAACGUAGCUUAAAUUUUUUAUAAGUUAGGUUUUAAUCUCUGUUCUUAAGGCGACAAUCAUUCUAAGGCACAUGGAUAAUAUUUGUGGAUAGAGACAUUUUCUUUUAAAUAUUUGAUCAAAAAUGUGAAUACCAAAAUCAACUAAAGCUUUAUGAAUUCUGAGCACGAAUAGAGUCGACAUAAAGUGUGAAAACUGAAUAUCUACCCAUCCUUCAAGUGUUUCCCCCAGAGACAGCUCCCACGCCCAGGUAAUUUAUAUGGAAGAUGAUGCAAAACAGAAAACUGAAUAAUAUAAAGUGUGAUAAUCAUCAAUCAAGUGAGAUGUGAAAAAAAAGAGCCACACGAGGUGUAAUAUGAAAAUUAAGAUACUGUAUGAGUGUUUGAAUAAAUGUGUUAAUUUUCUGGAAGGAAGAAAA